AAUUAUUUAUAUUAUCUUGAUUGUCUCUUUGUUUGAAGAUAAAAUGUGUAUCAAUCAUGAACAUAAAUAUAGUGAAGAGCAAUAAUAUCCAAAUUGGAUGGGUUGCAUUCUAUACUAUCUUAUUAUCCAUGUAAAAAAACUUAUUUUACUUUUUAUGUAAUUUUCCGCGACUACUAAGUUAUAAGUAGAGGCAGCACGCCAUCACCUAAAUGAUGCCUAGCCCAAUUUUUUUUCCAUUAAUUAAUUCUUCAAUCAAAGCCCACACUUUCAUCAAACGCUGUCGUAUAAAUCAGCAGUUUUUUCCACCUUCAUUUCUCUGCCGCAUUUUCCCAUCGAUCUCUCACCGUCGCUGCCGGAAAAUGUGCGGUUUUUUCUAAUUCUAAUCUAUCACCUAAGUUUUUUCGGCGAAGGAUUUUGCUGUUUUUUUUUUUUUUAAUGGCUUCGGAGGAUGUGAAAGCGGCGAGAGAUGCAGCGGUGGAGAAAAUUGUGAACUUGGCGGAAGAGGCUAAGCUUGCUAGAGAAGAAAUUAAGCCUACUAGUCAUGCUGUUUUCAGUAUUUGCAAGUCACUUGUUGCUGGAGGUGUUGCCGGAGGCGUGUCACGAACUGCUGUGGCUCCACUGGAACGGCUGAAGAUAUUGCUACAGGUUCAAAAUCCACAUAACAUAAAAUACAAUGGCACCAUUCAAGGCUUGAAAUAUAUCUGGAGAACUGAAGGAUUCAAAGGACUGUUUAAGGGCAAUGGCACCAAUUGUGCACGGAUCGUCCCAAACUCUGCAGUCAAGUUCUUCAGUUAUGAGCAAGCGUCCAAGGGUAUAUUAUAUUUGUACCGGCAACAAACUGGAAAUGAGGAUGCUCAGCUCACUCCACUACUACGUCUUGGAGCUGGUGCUUGUGCUGGCAUAAUUGCCAUGUCUGCAACUUACCCAAUGGACAUGGUGCGAGGAAGACUCACUGUGCAGACAGAGAAGUCUCCUUAUCAAUACAGAGGAAUGUUUCAUGCAUUGUCAACUGUGCUUCGCGAGGAAGGUCCCCGCGCUUUGUAUAAAGGAUGGACUCCUUCUGUCAUAGGAGUUAUUCCAUAUGUGGGGCUUAAUUUUGCUGUAUAUGAAUCAUUAAAAGACUGGUUGAUCAAAGCAAAACCAUUUGGUCUUGUUGAUGAUUCUGAGCUUGGUGUUGUUACAAGGCUGGCAUGUGGAGCUGCUGCAGGAACAGUUGGACAAACUGUUGCAUACCCUCUUGAUGUUAUUCGCAGAAGAAUGCAGAUGGUGGGGUGGAGUCAUGCUGCGUCUAUUGUUACUGGUGAUGGGAGGGGCAAGGCUCCCCUCGAAUAUACUGGAAUGAUUGAUGCUUUUCGGAAAACUGUAAAGUAUGAGGGUGUCAGAGCCUUGUACAAGGGUUUAGUGCCCAAUUCAGUGAAGGUUGUUCCUUCAAUAUCUAUUGCUUUCGUGGCAUAUGAGCAAGUGAAGGACCUAUUGGGAGUUGAGAUAAGAAUUUCUGACUAAUGAAGAGAAGCUCCAGUAUUUUUCUCAUUCAUAUGAUAAUUUUUGUAGGCAAGGAUACAAAGGGUUAUAAUAACAUGGUGGUUACAUAGUCAGUCUAGAAGGAGAAUUUAGCGUCCUGUUUGUAGCCUAUGUUUAGAUCUUCCUACUGUGUCUGGUUGUUGCUUAUUUAGUAGUGUUGUCAAUAAGAAAAUUAUCAAGAAUAUUGUAAUGAAUAAUCUGAGUGCCUUUGUGAGUUAGAGUAAGAAUAUUCAUGUGUUAUCAACAGCCUUUUUUUUGGCUAUAUGAUCAGUCCUUUGGAAUUGUACCA